AUGUUCUCCGUCAGCGAUAUUUAUACCCGACUGAAGCUAUUCAAGCAAUCUCUGGGCCCUGAAUAUGGUAGAUUGUAUUUUGUUAAGGCUGAUGUCAAGGCUGCUUUUGAUACCAUCCCACAAGAGGCAGUUGUCAGUCUGAUGAAGUCCGUGCCAACUCAGUCGAAAUAUACGAUCAUGAAACACGCAGAAGUGAAGCCUGGGGAACGAGCAGCGGUAGCUGACGACAAGUCUUCGUCCAAAGCUAUUCGUCGAUGGCAUGCAACAGCCUUGAGCGAGAAGGAAAACCCAGAUUUCAUCACACGGCUCGAGCAAAACCUGGCUCUCAACAAGAAAAACACUGUCUUUGUGGGCAGCGCUUUACGCAAUACUCAAAACAUUGGAGAAUUGAUGCAUCUUCUCAGGCAACAUGUCGAGCAUAAUCUUGUCAAGAUUGGAAAGAAAUACUACAGACAGAAAAUCGGAAUUCCUCAAGGCUCUGUGCUAUCUUCAUUCUUAUGCAAUUAUUUCUAUGCUGACCUUGAAGUUAAACAUCUGGACUUCCUUCGUUCGCCAGACUGCCUACUCUUACGCCUCAUUGACGAUUUUCUUCUGAUCACCCAAGACCAGGAAAAGGCGAUCAAAUUUGUCAAUGCUAUGCAUGUGGGGUUUCCUGAGUAUGGCGUUGCGGUCAACCCGACCAAGACCAUGGUCAACUUUGACAUGCUGUAUGAUGGUGAGCUCGUGCAGAAGUCUAAUCAUGAGAAAGGCUUCCCCUACUGCGGAACCAUUAUAAAUUGCAAGACACUUGAUAUCACCAAGGACAGAGACAGGGAUGCAAAUAUUGACGCUUUCAAGAUUCAAUCUCAUCUGAUGUUUUAUGACACGUCCCAUAAUGCAAACCGAACCGUUCUCAACUCGCUUCGAAACACUUUUGUUGAGACUGCGAGUAAAAUGUACGCUUACCUGCGUUGCCUCGGAAAGACACAGCAACCGAGCAGUGAAAUGAUACUCCGUAGGUUGCUCAAACUCAUCAUGCGGCUCCUUUGA